UGCUAGCGCUGGUGACAGCGGAGGUGCAGAGCUGCACGUUUGAGCGCAACAGUGUGUCGGGGUCGGGAGGAGCCAUCUACAGCGAGGCACGGGUGCUGGCGCUGGUGACGGCGGAGGUGCAGAGCUGCACGUUUGAGCGCAACAGUGUGUCGGGGUCGGGAGGAGCCAUCUACAGCGAGGGCACGGGGUACCUGCGCAUCAUGGGGUCUACUUUCACUGCCAACUCCGUGCAGCUCAAGGACGGCGGUGCUCUCUAUGUCAUUGCGGUGAGUGAAGUGCUGCUGGGGCAGAGGGGGACAGGUGGGGAAGGGUGGGGAUGGGUUGGAUGGGCAGGUCACGGGUGCCAUACCAUCUGCAGCGAGGGCACGGGGUACCUGCGCAUCAUGGGUCUACUUUCACUGCCAACUCCGUGCAGCUCAAGGACGGCGGCGCUCUCUAUGUCAUCGUGGCAGGCAGCGCAGGGCAGCGUUCACGGGCAACAGAGCCUACAGCUCAGCUCACCCCUUGUGUUUGCUCUCCCUCCUUUCGUUCCCCUUCUCCUUUCUCGCUGCCUUCACCCGCCUUCCCUCAACCUAGGCGGACAGCAACGUGACAGGCAACGCCGCGGACGCAGCAGGAGGGUGCCUAUUGGUCACGGAUUUCGCGACUAUUACGGCGGAUGGAGCAAGUUUCGGGAGAAUAGGGCGGGGAGUGGAGGCGGGGUGGGGAAGGUGUCUGGGUCAGGGAGGCUGGUGAUGACCCGGUGUGAGGUGGAGGCCAAUGAGAGCCCGACAGGUGGCGCGCUGUGGGUGGAGAUGGAGGGUGUGGUGGAGGAUACGCGGAGUAGCUUCACGGGUAACAAGGCGAGUUUCGAAGGCGGGGCAGUUUUUGCCACACACAGCGCCACUGUGACGCUGCUCUCGUCGCAAUUCGGGUCGAAUUCCGCGCUGAGAGGCGGGGGUAUGGUUCUGGAUACAGAUGCGACUCUCACCUCCACCUCCUCCUCUUUCCUCAACAACUCCGCUUCGGCUCUUCUUAUUAGGGGGAGUUCUCAGGCUACUCUCACUACAGCGUUUUUCUCGGGCAAUUCGGCCCCUGCGGGCACCGGAGGGGCCAUCUGGGCAGCUGCCGAAACUUCUCUCACGGUCCGAUCGAGCAAUCUGACGAACAACACGGCUGUCACGGGCGGCGGAAUCUUUUCGGAAGGGUCUGCCCAGGUGACCCUGGAUGCGUCGCGAUUCGAGGGGAACAACGCGGUUACUGGCGCGGCGCUUGCUGCUGCGGGCAGCUCGAAAUUUUCGGCAGGGAACCUGACACUCGUGAAAAACAGCGCAAGCCGUGCGGGGGGGGCGGCGGCGUUUUUGGACCAAUCAAACGGGUUAUUUAAGGGGGCGUGGAUGACUGGGAACAAAGCGGUGGUGGGCGGUGCAGGGGUGUACGUGAAGCGAGCAGAGACUCUCGGGAUUACCUCCUCUGGAGCUGCAGCUGCUGGAAAUUCUACUGGUGCUCCGGCUACUGGAUCAGCGCCAGCUGCUGCUGCUGCUGCCGUGAAUGAUGCGGGUAGUGCAGCUAGUGCUGCAAGCGGCGCAAACAGCAGCAGCAGCAUGGGAGUAGGAAAGGCUGAGCUGGCUCCGCUGGUGUGCUCAAACCUCACAUUCAGUGAGAACGAGGCCUUGUACCCGCAAGGAGUGGCCUUCUACGAAGCUUCCUUCAACCCUGCAGUGCGCAUCGGGUGCGACGAGUGCGUGCGGGAGCAGGAGAGCCAGACCAUAGGCAGCAUCCCCAAGAACUUCUACUUCACAUUCACAGGCAUGGAUGAGGGGGCUAACGGCCUCGGCACGGUUCCGUCCUUUGUGGCUCUCACGGCUGUGGGGACGCCCAUCGCAGGGCUGACGGUGGUCAUUGUGGACGACUACAACAACACUGUUGUUCAGGACAACUCGUCCUUUGUCGCAAUCGCUCCCGAUCGUCGCAUCUCGGGGUUGCUGCGAGCAACAGCGGUGCAGGGACUGGCCGAGCUGCCAGAGGUCUCCGUCAUGGUCACUCCCGACGAGGCCACGCCCUUCCGCCUCCUCGUCACCGUCUCCAGCCCCACUAAUGAGUUCCCCGAUAUAACACACACCUUCACUGUAGACUUCUGCGCUGCGGGAACCUUUCUGAAUACAACCUCGGAAGAUGGAACCGGGGGGGACGGUGGUGGUAGUAGUACCAGCAGUACUGGGAGUGGGACAUGUGACCCCUGCCCUGUCGGUAGUUGGUGCGAGGCUGGUCAACCGUCCACUCCCUGCGACGACGGCAGCUUCACGUUCUACCCCUACUCCACUAGCGCCGACGAAUGUGUAGCGUGCGAGGAUGACAAUCUGGAUUGCACGGGCGGCGAACUGACGAUCGCGACGCAGGCGUGGUUGGAUCCCAGGACGUAUAAUGACACGCCGACCACGUACAGCUGUAUUAUCACCAAUGGGUGUGUGGAGCACCUGUAUGAGUACAACCUCACCACCAACACCGCGGAUGUUGAGAUCUGCCCCACCGGCUACGACCCCUCCUCUCCUGUGCUGCCUUUUUCCCCUCCUCUCCUCAAGUGUGCAUGUGCUGUCUGUGCGCCAACAACUACUACUCGUUCCUCGGCGAUUGUACUUAGAGUCGACUCGAAAGCCUUUCCUUCCUUUUCCUCGUUCCCCUUCACCUCUACCUGCAGCAUGUGCUGUCUGUGCGCCAACAACUACUACUCGUUCCUCGGCGAUUGUAACUACUGCAGCGACGUUUUCAAGAAGGUACAUGCUCUCGCCAACAACCACUUGUGUUCUCACUCACACCUGUGUGUCCCUCCGUACCUCUGUGCCCUGUAUGUAUGCGCCUUCACUCCCCAUCUCCUGCCACUUCCCUGUCAACCCACCCCUACUACCCCGUUUCCCCCACUUCCCUCCCACACAGCUCUUCCCGCUGCUCUUCAUCCUCAUGAUUGGAGUGUGGGUGGCCAUGUUUCUCCUUGCCAACAACCACUCAUGUGCUCACACCUGUCUUGCAUUGCACCCCCUACCCCUCCCCUCCCCCUUUCCACACAGCUCUUCCCGCUGCUCUUCAUCCUCAUGAUUGGAGUGUGGGUGGCCAUGUUUCUCCUUGCCAACAACUAUGACAACAUCGACAUCUUUCUCACCGAGGUACCUCCAGUUUCCAUGCUAGAUACAUGCCGUUUAAGUCAACUCCAAAGUAGUAGCCCUUCCUUCCUGCUCCUCCCCCUCGCCAACAACUAUGACAACAUAGACAUCUUUCUCACCGAGGUGCAAUACCUCACGGUCGUGGCCUCCAUAAACCUGAACGCACCAGCAGCGCCAAAUGGAUGGGUGGGGUGGCUCAUCAAGAUCUACAAACCUCUCCGUCUUCGACCCCGACGUGGGUGGACCCAACUGACGUGGGGACCCAACUGUGUGCUAACCUACCGCUUCCCGCAGCAGUUCGUCUUCGGAAUCCUCAUCUUCCUCGUCGGCCUCGUGGUCUACGCGCUGCACUGGUGCCUCUUCCUCCUCCGCGAGCAUAUCAAGCUGCUCAAGGCGAAACGGACAGCUGAAAACGGCGAGACGAGCGGAGUCGGGCAGCUGAGCAGCACGGCGGCGAAGCAGCGGAGGCAGGAGUAUUACAACGGGCUGGUCGGUGGUGUUGCGAGCUGGCUGGACGUUUGUUACAUGGGUAUUCUCGCCCGCGUGCUGCCCGUCUUCCAGAGCCAGAUGGUCGGGGAUACCAAGGUACGCUGCUACGAGUGGGUGGCUGGGCAUGGGGCAGCGGAGCAGCACGGCGGCGAAGCAGCGGGCGGCAGGAGUAUUACAACGGGCUGGUGGGGGGCGUGGCGAUGCUGGCUGGAUGUGUGCUACAUGGGUAUCCUCGCCCGCGUGCUGCCUGUCUUCCAGAGCCAGAUGGUUGGGGACACCAAGGUGAUGCUGUUUGUCCCGGAGAUCGAUCCCAAACCUCAUCGCUCACCUCUCGUUACCAUCUCUUCCCUCCCUCUCCCUCCCUCCCAGGUGAUGCUGUUCGCUCCGGAGAUCGAGUGGCUAUCCUCGACGCACAUGGGCAUGCUCAUCCCCUCUAUAAUCAUCCUCAUUGUCUACCUCGCGGGCGUGCCGCUGCUCUACGCGUGCUGCUCUUCUCAGCCAAGUGGAACCGCACGCUCUUCACCGCUGACCAAGUGGAACCGCACGCUCUUCACCGCCGAGUGGCACCUGCUCAACAUGUCGUUGCGAGUGCUGUGGCACCUGCUCAACAUGUCGCUCUGGGUGCUGUACGGAGGCAUCCUCGUGUUCCUCUACCAGAACCCCGAGGCUCACUCCCCUCCCCCCCCUCGCUUCCCCUUCACCUCCACAAAACCCAUCACCCCUCCCCCAGGUGGCACCUGCUCAACAUGUCGCUGCGAGUGCUCUACGGCUGCAUCCUUGUCUUCCCCUACGAGAGCCCCGAGGCUCACCCUCCUUCCCCUUUCCCUGUGUACACCCCCUCUUCACCACCCCUCCCCCAGGUGGCACCUGCUCAACAUGUCUCUCCGGGUGCUGUACGGAUGCAUCCUCGUCUUCCUCUACGAGAACCCCGAGGCUCAGAUCAUCAUCCUCGUCGUCCUCCAGAUCCUCCGCAUUGUCGUCGAGUACCGCUUUGCACCGUUCACCUCCUCCUCUGUCGAGUACCUUCAGGCCACCCUCAACCUCGGAGAGGUGUUUUUCACGCUGUCGCUGCUCAUAUUCAACUACACAUCCGAGUCCAUCCUCUCAGAGGUCAUCAUGGCCAUCAGCACCGUCCUCAUGCUGCUGCCCGCCAUCGUGGCCAUCAGCUACGAGGUGUCGAGCAAGCGAAUGGAGGCGUUUAACAACAGUGUGCUGGACGAGAUCUGGGAGCAGGAGAGCGGCAAGAGAGAGGACCAGCUGAGGGGGCUCGACCCUUAUCAAAUCGUGCAGCUGACGCAGUCAGGAGAGAGAGAGGACCAGCUGAGGGGGCUCGACCCGUACCAGAUCGUGCAGCUGACACAGGUGGGUGGGUGGGGCUCGUCUUUGCAGUCGACUCAAAAGCAGGGGCUCGUCUUUGCAGUCGACUCAAAAGCAGGGGCCCGUCUUUGCAGUCGACUCAAAAGCAGGGGCUCGUCUUUGCAGUCGACUCAAAAGCAGGGGCUCGUCUUUGCAGUCGACUCAAAAGCAGGGCUCGUCUUUGCAGUCGACUCAAAAGCAGGGGCUCGUCUUUGCAGUCGACUCAAAAAGCAGGGGCUCGUCUUUGCAGUCGACUCAAAAGCAGGGGCUCGUCUUUGCAGUCGACUCAAAAGCAGGGGCUCGUCUUUGCAGUCGACUCAAAAGCAGGGGCUCGUCUUUGCAGUCGACUCAAAAGCAGGGGCUCGUCUUUGCAGUCGACUCAAAAGCAGGGGGCUCGUCUUUGCAGUCGACUCAAAAGCAGGGGCUCGUCUUUGCAGUCGACUCAAAAGCAGGGGCUCGUCUUUGCAGUCGACUCAAAAGCAGGGGCUCGUCUUUGCAGUCGACUCAAAAGCAGGGGCUCGUCUUUGCAGUCGACUCAAAAGCGUCCGUGCCUGCCUGUCUGUGAGAACAAACACCAAGUGGGAGGACCAGCUGAGGGGGCUCGACCCCUGCCAGAUCGUGCAGCUGACGCAGGAGAGCGGUUCCCCCCUUCCGCCCACUGGCGCUCUUCCAGUUCGUGCAUCACUGUCAGGACAUCGACCUGCUGCUGAGGGCGUCAACCUCCCUUCCCCCCCCUCCCUUGCGUCCCUCUCACCUUAUCAGAUAGGAGAGUGGUUCCGCUCGCGUGCGCUCUUCCAGUUCCUGCACCACCGCCAGGGAAUUGGCCUGCUGCUGAGGACGCACGACGCAGCAGGACGCGUGCGUCUUUCUCCACAUAGCUGGCCGCGUGCUCUCUUCCAGUUCCUUCAUCAUCGUCAGGGCAUUGACCUGCUGCUGAGGGUGCGGGACCGCGUGCAAGCGUGCUCCCUGGCAGGCCUCGGGGAGAUAGGAGGGUGGUUCCGCCCGCGUGCUCUCUUCCAGUUCCUUCAUCAUCGUCAGGGCAUUGACCUGCUGCUGAGGGUGCGCGACCGCGUGCAAGCGUGCUCCCUGGCAGGCCUCGGGGAGGUCGAGUGGAUCGAGCAGCUGAAAAAGCCCCAGCAGUACGCCGGUCUCUCCCAAAUCCUCCUCGGAAACAAAAAGGGUUACAUCCCCGUCGCGCGGUUACCACCUCAGGGAGUGUACUGUCUGCUGCACGGGGUGUGGCAUGCGGACGGGGCGUGCACGGCUGCCCAGGCUGCGGCGGCGGCUCGGCGCCGAACCAACCGCCGGACCAAGUCGCGAAGCAGCCGGGUUUCGUUCGGGGGAGGGAUGGGAGAGGGAGGGCCGGAGACUCCUGGGAGUGGGCUGAGGAGAAUGGUGAGCUGGGGGUCGAACACACCUGGAGGGGCCAGUAUGAGGGAGAAACCUGUUAAGAGUCUCAAGAUUGCUGAGAAGAGUUGGCCUCCGCAGCUUGGGAGGAAAGUGCACUGGUGCCCUGCUUCGGGAUUCGAUCCCCUUGCGGCGACGAAGAGGUUCGGGAGCGGGAGGAUGGGUGCUGGUGGGAUGGCUGGGACUCCUACGGGAGGAGGCGGGGGAUGGGGAGGAGGAGAGGAGGCUAGAACGCCGUACCCUGUUGCCCCGGAAACCCCGACUGGCAUGCCUGAAACUCCUGUUACCCCUGCUGCCCCUGCGGCCCCUGCGCCUGCGGCUGCUGUUAAUGGUGGUGGGGAUGGAGACUCAAAGCCAAAGAAGCGGCUUCUCAGGCAGCUGUCGGAUCGAGAUGACAGCGACACAGAGGGAGCAGCAGCAGGAGCAGGAGCGGGAGCAGGAGCGGGAGGGGGAGGGGCAGGGAGCAGGCCUGGUACAGCAGGAACGCCAGGAGCGGGAGGAGGGAUCAUGCGAGGGGCAAUCAGCCGACCGGGGAGUUCAGGAGGGGCGGCGAUCGGAGGGGCGGGCGGGGGGGGGAUGGAGGUGGUGCAGGCGAAUCUGGACAUGGCUGAGUUGACUUUUGCGUUCCAGUCGAACCUGGCUCUGCUGGUGAAGGCUGAGAAGAAACGUAAGGUGCAGAAGGAGGCGCUAAGGCAGAUCAUCCACUCCAAGGCGACUUACCACAUUCUCAGCUGGUUUACAAGCGAGGAGAGCACGGUGGACGAUCAGAGGCUGUUUGCAGAGCUGGUGAAGGCGGUGAGGCAGGCGGCCAAGACGCGCAAGAGGUCCAUGCGCUGGCUGCAGGGCGCUCAGUGCUUCUACCCUGGGGAGGGCCGCCUCACCAACCAGCUCUCCAAGAUGCUGUAA